AAGGUAUGUCGUGACUUCACAGAACUUCACGGAGCAAUUUCAUGCUUGAAAAAUUUCGAAUAUAGAUGUUCAACAUCAGCACGAGCAGUCAUCAGUUGAGCUGGAUUUAGGACAGAAGCAACAUGGCCAAGUGGAUGUGGUCUGUUGGUGUGAUGGUGGUCAUUGGUAUGGUAGUGAGUGUCUCCGGACAUGGAGACGUGAAGGAUCCACCCAGUAGAGGGCUUGUCGCUGGCUAUCACACUCCAUGGGGAGUCAACUGCGGAGGGCGAACGACACAAAUAGCAAACGGUGGAAAGUGUGGACCCUGUGGUGACGACAUUACUCAAUCACAACCCCGACCGUUCGAAGAGGGGGGAACAUAUUACAAUGGCGCGGCUGCAAGGAAGCAGUACGACUCUGGGGAUACCAUUCCUGUUGUAGUGAGGAUCACGGCAAACCAUCUGGGCUUCUUCGACUUCAAACUCUGCCCGAGUGCCAAUAAAACAAGGCGGACAACGGAACUGGAACAAUGCCUAGACCAGUACCCCCUCGAUAUCAUUGAUGACGUGGCGGGGACACGGGGCAAGAAGUGGCCAUUGGCUGGUAACGUAAUGGGCGACAUAAAUCUCAAGAUUGUGUUGCCGACUGGAGUCACGUGCGAUCAUUGCAUUCUUCGGUGGGAUUGGAUAGGAGGAAACAAUUGCUGUGGCGCGCCCCAAGAAGAAUUUCGAAACUGCAUGGACAUUGAAAUAAUAGGAGACUCUAAUUUGACUCCUGCGCCCACUCCAGCACAUACCCAGGCGCCAACGCCAGCCCCCACACUGGCCCCUAUUUUGACGUCCUGUCCAUCACAAACUGUACUAGGGUGUACACCUGUGCCACCUUUGCCAAGUAUAGACUGCCUGAAAGACUGGUGUACUAACAGGCUGCAGUGAUAAAUCCUCCGAAUGCACGAGCGACAGAUGCAGGUGCGCGUGUGUCAAGCUAGAGCGACAGUGUACCUUUGUCAACACCAAGUAUUCCGGAGUAGUACCCAACGAAGAUGAUUGGUGUAAAAAGAUGUGUGACGGAGGUGCGUGCAGCAAGGCCCACUGUGCCUGUAACUACGACUGAUGUUUGACAAAUGCUUAUCCCUUACUCACAACUAACACCCAAUUUCUUCAAACUGUUGACAGAUAAUCUCUAACAUCAGAGUGUAUUCUUUGAACAUGAUCUGUUUGUUUAUGCUAAUAAAGAUAUAUGGCUGCA